AUGUCGGCAGAGCACCCACCUCAGAUACUAUUUUUCGAUACAUUCGGCACAGUAGUUUCAUGGCGUAAACAUGUCACCGCAGAGCUGAGCACAGCCGCCCUACAGGCUCUGGACCAUCACUGCAAUGACUUUCCUGCCGACUUGCGGGACCGCGCUGCAGCCAUGACUGGGGACGACUGGCUAGUUUUCGUCGCAGAAUGGCGGCGGACUUACAAUGUAUUUACCAGCACAUUUGAUCCAUCCAAAGAGUUUGUGUCCGUCGAUCAGCACCACUACAACGCCCUUCAGGACCUCUUGCGGCAGCGCGGUCUGAAUGGUCUGUUCACUGAUGAGAAGCUGUGGGAACUCGCUUUCGCCUGGCACCGGCUCAACCCGUGGACUGAUAGUGUUCCGGGUCUCGAGUUGUUGAACCGUCGGUUCGCCACUUCUACUUUGUCGAAUGGGAAUGUCUCUUUACUGCAGGAUCUCCAGCGACAUGGAUCGCUGCCUUUCACAUACCUUGUUAGUGCCGAGAAUUUCGGGGCUUACAAGCCUUCUCCGCUGGUUUACAAUGGUGCGGCCAAGAAUUUUGGACUGGAGCCAGGCCAGUGCGGACUGGUUGCGGCGCAUCUCAACGAUUUGAAAGCUGCUAAGAGCUGCGGGUUUCAGACUAUCUAUGUUGAGCGUGAGCUGGAGGAGAAAAUGUCAAAGGAGGAGGCCGAGAAGGUCAAGGCGGAGGGUUGGGUGGAUAUGUGGGUUGAUCUUGAGUCUGAUGGCUUCCGAGAGGUGGCCAGGCGAUUUGGGAUUCAGUAA